UGCACUUGUGAUGAGCUUACACUUCUUCCGCACUGAAGAGUUCCACCAUGAGAUGUCCGUGCUGGACAUUGUGUUUCGUCUGACCACGCCCAACUACGGCCUGACGUUCUUCUUACAGAUAGCCACCUACAUCUCCCACAGCUAUGUGUCCUACAGCCUCCAGCCUCACGCCUCACGUAGCGACCACAGUAGAACUACACUGUCCAAAUAUUUCUUGGAGUACAUAGUGACCUGCGUUGUCCAGAUGACACUGUGCUGGUCAACAGUGGCCUUUCUGGAAAUGGACGUUUACAGACGACUUAGUUAUUGGGUGAAUGCCUUAACUCAAUGUCAACAGAAGCCAAAACCUGAAACCGAAGAAAAGGUCGGAAACGACAACAUUCAACAAGAGAAGGUCAAGGUUGAUUCCAAUCCAGACACCGCUGACACCAUCAUUGUAAGUCACGUGACUAAGAAUUAUGACAAGUGCCUCCAACAGAGCAAUGCGGUAGAGGAUGCAUGCUUAUUCAUCGGCCCUUAUGACUGCGUGGGCCUUGUUGGGCCUAACGGAGCUGGAAAGUCAUUGAUCCUUCAGAUGAUCUCUGGAACUGAAACCAUCACUAGUGGUGAUAUCUACGUGGACGGUUUCAGCGUCAAGACACAUUUAAACUCAAUUCGCCCCUCUAUGGUCCACUGCCAGCAGACUAUUACUUUGGCUAAUCUCCUGACUGGGAAAGAGACUCUUGUUUUUUAUGCUCGCCUUAAAGGCAUCCCAGGCACCGCUGUCCAGAACGUUGUCCUGUCCAUCAUCCAUUUCGUUAGCUUAAGUUUGUACGAAAAUACGCUAAUAAAAAAAUACAGUGACAGCAGUAAAAGAAAACUUCUGCUCGGAGUGUGUCUCCUGAGUUUCCCAAAGUUCAUCAUCUUGGACUACCCGACUUCCGGUGUAGACAUCCUGGGACGAGACAAAAUGUUGACACUUUUUGAACUUAUGAGAUCGCAAGGAUGCACAAUCUUGAUGACGUCAGACAGUGUGGGUGACUGUGAGGGCCACUGCUCUCGCGUAGCCAUCGUCAGGAAUAGCAGCAUCGUGACUCUGGACGAGCCUCAAAAGAUCUUGUACCAGCAAGGUCAAGGUUACGUGUUAACACUCCACGCUCUUGAUAGCGACGAGGAUGAUGGUCAUCGCCUCUCUCUGGAGCAAGCGGAGCAGCUGAUACUGAGUGCCUUGCCAACCUCACAAAUAUUGACAAAACAAGAAGAAUUAACGGAGAUUCAUAUGCCUAACUCAGUGGAGCAGGCUGACAUGUACGAUACUUUGAUCAAAGGGAAGUCAGUCAACCUCUUCGGCCACUUCCAGGUGCAGAGGCUGUCUAUCUCCAACGUUAUUUGCAGUGGGGACCUCAACGAACCAACCGCAGCCACAACUUCAACGGCUGUUGUAUGAAAUGGCUGUAUUCUGAAAGGCGUGUACUCUGGAAGGGCUGUAUUCUGAAAGGAAUGUAUUCUAAUAGAAUUGUAUUCUGAAAGGCUUGUAUUCUGAAAGGCUUGUAUUCUGAAAGGCUUGUAUUCUGAAAGGCUUGUAUUCUGAAAGGCUUGUAUUCUGAAAGGCUUGUAUUCUGAAAGGCUUGUAUUCUGAAAGGCUUGUAUUCUGAAAGGCUUGUAUUCUGAAAGGCUUGUAUUCUGAAAGGCUUGUAUUCUGAAAGGCUUGUAUUCUGAAAGGCUUGUAUUCUGAAAGGCUUGUAUUCUGAAAUGCUUGUAUUCUGAAAUGCUUGUAUUCUGAAAGGCUUGUAUUCUGAAAGCGUUUGUAGUAGUUGGAAUCUAUUGUUAAACAACAAAAAAAGGUUGCUGACAGACAUUGUGUUUUCAGUGCAAAGAUUGUUCAAGAGACGUCAAAAUAAGCAGACUAUAAGAACGACAUCCUAUACAGCAAUUGAAAUGUGUCCAGAUUUAGUUUUAGAACCGCAUGAACUAUGUCAAAAGUCUGACGUUGUUCCUUUAUUUACCUAAGUCAAAGUAUGCCUCUUUGGAAUCGGAUAUUUAUGUAAAUGUAUAAAUUUAUAAUUGCAUACUGUAAACAGGCAUAGCUUAUUGAAAGCUAGAAGAUAGCAGUUAAAGUUUUACCAGAUUUAUCUUUAUCCUCUAUCGAACUGCAUUUUUUUUUAUUUCGUCUGUCCCUCUGCUUUCGUUGAUGGGGUGCUGCGACAAUUCACGUGACUAAAUAACUUCACAUUUUUGAUGAGUUAUCUAUCCCUAGGUAGCGCUUGGUUUCCACUCCUAGGUCCUAGGAAGACUGGGAUAUUUUAAUUUCGGGAUCUUCAGGGCGUCUCUGAUCCCAACCAACUCUACAGUCAAGACUAAACACAACAAAUUUCCAUACUGGUUAAUAAAUUAGUCUUAGUCUUAGUCGUAACGUAAUAAAAAAUGAAAUAUACUUUUUAAAGGUACUUAACUUACUAAUAAUGCAGAUAAUUACAAUAUUUCAAUUAUACAAACCAGACAUUUGUUUGUUUA